AGCGUUGCUUUAUCAUGACCGACGCGUUUUACGCGUCCUGUGCUCAAGUGCUGGCAUUAUGCCAGUCUAUGAAAGAUGACCUUGCUGCAAUACUGGAUCCUGAAUCCGGUUUUGCACCGCGCCUGCAAAAGUUAUGCGAGGAACAGCUAGAGGACCUAGAACUCAACCCAAGCGUGCAUAGGAUGGCAGACACCGACCCUGCCAUGCUGCGACUAGAGAGCAAUACGUGGGCAUUGCUCCAGUUGCUCAUGGCAGAGCGCAAAACGGAACACACUCCUGCGCCUUCCCCGCGUGCACUCCUUCGCACUAACCCGUACACGCCAACCUCCACGCUUGCCCAGGCGAUACUGGCGUCUUCGCCUCUCCUCUCUCAGCUCGUUCAAGUCAGAGAAUGGUUGCAAGACACCGCGCCACCGCCUCCGGAUCCGGGCGCCACAACCGGUUACUGGAAAUUUACUAAAGCGAGCGUGAUGCAGAAUCUGAGGACAGGUCGGAGGCUGGCGGGGGACGGGCUGGUAAGGGAGAUGGACCCGGACGCUGGGAACAGGGAGAAAGACAGGAAAGUCGCGAGCGAGGAUGCGAAUUACGACAAAGCACUUGCCCAGGCUUUGUACGCCUGUUUGCGAGGAGGAAGACUAGAGGACGCCGUCGACCUUUGUAGGCGCGUGGAUCAACCCUGGAGAGCCGGAACCAUCCGAGGCUCUCUGCUGUUCUCUUGGGAUGCCCUAUCCAACAAUGGACGAAGGAAUGAUACGAUGGACGUCGGUGAAGCUUCAGACGCUUGGAAAGGGAACAGACGCCGGCGAUUGUGGAAGUCUACAUGUACGCGGGCCGCCCUCAACACUGCGCUUCCAGAUCAAGAACGCGUACUAUAUGCUGCGCUCGCCCCGUCUCCCCAGACAUACAACAUACUUAAAAUUGCCUGCCGAACAUGGGAAGAUUAUUUAUGGGCGCAGGUCAGCAUCAUGUGCGAAGAGAAGCAGAGCGCAGAGAUGCUGCGCUUAGGCUUCUGGGAGAAUCCGAACAAGGCAGGAUUGGAAUGGGUAGACUCUGCCGUAUGGUUGCAGGAACCUGACGCGGAUGAGGAAGAACGGGAGCAAGAGGAGUGGGAACGAGAAGUCCGAGAAACGUUGGAUGCUUUGAGGAGUGUAUCGGUGCAGGAAGGGGCUCCAGCAGAUCAUGCAUUGCAUAUAUCACAGCUGCAUAUCAUCCUGGACCGGACGGACGACCUGUUAGAAGGGUUUGCGCAAGGUCUCCAAGAUGGCACUCACGACCAAUCUUCUCCGGAGUUCCCGUCUUUGAGCCGUUUCUUUGCUCACCUUGCGCUCUUCCUCCGACUCAUAGAUAUCCCGACGCCCCCAAUGGCGACUCAAGUGAUCCUCGAGUCUUACCUCCGAGUUCUUGAGGCUGCUGGUCAACGCGACCUCAUCGCAAUGUACGCCGGCGCUCUCGGAGACAACGCUGUGGAGCGAUACGCCGAGUUCCUUGCGUCCCUGGAGCUUGCUGUGGACGUCGACGAGCGCCGGCUGGCGCUUACAAGGGCUAGGGAACACGGUCUCGAUAUCGAACGAGUAGCGAUCGCUACGGCGGAACGGACCAUUGACCGGGCACUAAAGACCCUGCCGCCCGCGAAAGGCGCGCUGCCGCAGGUUUCUCAGAGGACAGAACAUCCGAAUCAAGAGGAGGUAUUGCUACUGCGAUCAAUCGAGUGGACAACGUUUUUGGAUUCCACAUAUCCUACCGCGCUGGAACAAGCGAACGUAAUACUGCGGUACUUCUUAGCGGCCGGCAAGAUUCAGAUUGCCCGCGUUUUGUUGACAGCGUUGCCCGCGGAGCUUGCCUCCAUCAGGGAACCGGAGGAAUGCACCGACGAAUAUUACUGCUACCGACAAUUGUUCUCUGUAUGGCAGGCAUCGGAGAAAGUGGCUGACUUUGAAGCUUCCGACCCCCGGCAAAUGAGCCGCGAUCUCAGGACAACGUGGAUGAGUGACUAUAAAGCGAUCGUUGAACAAGCGAGAGAGCAGUUCCUCAAGCUGCUAACAACGGAAUGGCUGGUAUCAAACGUACUUGAUACUCAAGGCGACCGGCGGCGACGCGACCUCAUCCGUAUCCGACAAAUCUACGUUCCUGAUCUUAUACUCCGCCUCCACGCGAUAUUGUUCAAUUCUCGUCACGAGAUUCCAACAAAUCUCAAGCACGCAUUGCAGCUUGCGAUCACGGUUGCGGACUCGCGUUAUAAACUCUAUGAAGACUUCACGAGUCAGCCUGGUAGACGGCUCGGGGAUUAUCUACAAGCAGUGAGACAGGCUGUAUUAGGCGGUUUGGAAGGAGGGGGCUCUGAUCCACUCAGGGUGCUUACCUUGCUGAAAGUAUGAGGUUUGCACCGCUUUGCGGCUCCUCCGGUCAGAGUGGAUCACAGAACGUUCAUGUCGGUCGAUUAU